AUCUCACGUUUGCGCGAGUGUCAACAUACAAUUGAUAAAACAGCGAUUGACUGCAGUGCAAGUGAUGUGCUUAGGGUUCACACCUUGUCGUUUAACUACUCAAACAUGGCCAAAAUGCAAUUGCUCAGAGUGAUUGUGAAAGAGCGGCUUGCAGCGGCAGCUGAUGAGAUAUUCGGUAUGGUUGAAAAAACAAUAGCAGAAUACCAACACGAAGUUGCUUGUUCAAGAAGAGAUUAUGAUAACCAACGGCGAACCCUGGAAAGUAGUCGCGAGAUGUAUUUACAUAGAUCGGACCCACAGUCGCUCACAGUUCCUACAUCAGAGAAGGAACACCCUGAGCAACGGCACUGUGAGAAGAGCCCCGGACGUCAAGACCUAAAACAGGAGCUCCCAGAUCUCUUAGCGAUUAAAAAGGAGGAAGAAGUGUCACUCUGGAGCUGCCAGAGAGAAGCUCAGCUUCAAAGACAGCAGGAUGUCAAUGCAGAAAGUGGCCAUGAUGAAGACCAAGCUCAUUCUUCACAUGUUAAUGUGGGAGGUGAAGAACACAACAAACUCUCUCAACCCAGUAGUUGCACAGCUGAGCUGAUUAAACCAAACUUUAGAGAGGCACCCCAGGAAAACGAGUCGACCCCUGAGACACUCUUUGUAAUAAGUCCUGCCUUUUCUGUAGUUCAGAGUCAAAAAGUUAAACGUGCUGAUGAGAAGAAGCCAUAUAUUUGUACUGUUUGUGGUAAAUGUUUUAGCCACACAGCUUAUAAGAGAAAACACAUGCGGGUUCAUACUGGUGAGAAACCUUAUGGCUGCAAAGAAUGUGGCAAAAGAUUUAUCGAGGCUGGAAAUAUGAAUACUCAUAUGAGGAUUCAUACAGGGGAGAAACCAUUUCCAUGUAUCGUAUGCGGGAAGUGGUUUCGUUAUAGGUCUGGCGUGAACAAGCACAUGAAGAUACAUACUGGACAAAAAGGAUAUGCCUGUAAAGUUUGUGGUAGAGCUUUUACGGAGUCUGGAAAUCUGACAACUCACAUGAGGACCCACACACAGGAGAACCCGUAUCCAUGUUCUAUAUGUGGGAGGAACUUUCGACAUAAGUCUAGUGUGAAAAUACACAUGAACACUCACAUGAAAGAUGUAGUUAGUGGCCACUUGGACACCACGUAAAGUGCAUCUGUUGCAUACAUACAUGAAGUAUGUAGGAAGAUCUUUGUCAUAGUGUGUCAACUGCCUUUGACAAAAUAAUGUAA